AUGGCCGCCCCAACCACCGAUGAGAUCUUGCCCUCGCCCGGGCUCUCGCCGGCGAGUCCGAUCUCAUCGACGGGGCAAAUUCCCCUCGAGCAGCCACACAAACUGAAGGGCCGUCAGAAGUUGCUUCAGAAUCUCCAGCGCAUGUCGUCGAGUCCAACGUUGACCCGCCGCGGGCGAUCGGCGUCAACCGGUUAUCGGCGGGACCACAAGGCCUCCUUAUCGUGCGUGUCCUUAUCGUCCGCGGCAUAUUCCCCAUGCUUGGGCAACGGCAGCUCAUCGCAACUCUAUGGAGGCCUCAACCCGCAACCUGCCACCCCGGGCGGUACGGGCUCCGGGGGCCAGUCCCCAAACAGCAACCCUCGCAUUCGUCUGGUGGGCCCCGAUACCCCGAACGCGACGCGGACGGUUCCUUUGCCCUUGGAUCUCCGACCUGCCUCUCGUGGGUCGCCGCGCGAUGGCACUCCCCUGGAGGGAGAGGCGGUGGAGACAGACCUGGCCCCGCCAGAUGUACAGCGAGCCCGGACGCUGGACUUCUGGGGUGACAUGCCUCGCGAAUUGAAGAUGGAGAUUUUCCGGUAUCUCACUCCGCGCGAGAUUGUGCGGUGCGCCGCAGUGUCGAAAUUGUGGAAUGAGAUGUGCUAUGAUGGACAGCUAUGGACCAAGGUCGAUACGGCAGAGUACUACUCCAAGAUUCCCAGCGAUGUGCUGGUCAAACUGAUCACCUCGGGCGGACCCUUUGUGCGUGACCUCAACCUGCGUGGUUGUAUCCAAAUGCGCGGCAAGUGGCCAGCUGAUGCCGACCGUAUCUCGGACCUCUGUCGGAACCUUGUCAAUUUCUCGCUGGAAGGUUGUCACAUCGACAAGAAAUCGAUGCAUUUCUUCCUCCUCCGGAACCCUCGUUUGGAAUACAUCAACGUCUCGGGACUGAGGAGCGUGUCGAACUCAGCUAUGCGAGUGAUUGCCAAAUCCUGCCCGCAAUUGGCGACGUUGAAUAUAUCGUGGUGUACCAACGUGACAACGCCAGGACUUCUCGACAUUGUUAAAUCUUGUAGCCGAUUGACGGAUUUACGUGCCAGCGAAAUUCGAGGAUUCGACCGGGAGGAUUUUGCGUUAACCCUUUUCGAGCAGAACGGCCUGGAGCGACUGGUGAUGAGCCGCACUGACCUCACCGACGAAGCACUUAAAAUCAUGAUGCAUGGCCAAGACCCAGAUCUGGAUGUGCUGACAGACCGUCCUAUUGUGCCCCCUCGCCGGCUUCGACACUUGGAUAUCCAUCAUUGCUCCGAUGUGACAGACGAGGGCUUGAAGAGUUUGGCCUAUAAUGUUCCCAGACUGGAAGGUCUCCAGAUCUCCCAAUGCUCAAGAUUGACCGACAAUUCCAUCAUCGAUCUGAUUCAGACCACGCCUUUACUCUCUCACUUGGAAUUGGAAGAUCUGGAGCAGCUGACCAACAGCGUCCUCACCACACUCGCCAAGUCGCCAUGUCACGACUCUCUCGAGCAUCUGAAUAUCAGCUACUGUGAAUCCAUGGGGGACAGUGGCAUGUUGCAAGUGAUGAAAAACUGCUCCAAGUUGCGCUCCGUUGAGAUGGACAAUACCCGGGUCUCGGAUCUCACGCUGAUGGAGGCAAGCUUUCGUAUCCGUAAGCGUGGCUAUGGGGAGGAUUUUCCGAAAGUUGGGCUACGGCUGGUCGUGUUUGACUGCGCCAAUGUCACUUGGGCCGGGGUGAAAGAGGUCUUGUCUAGCAACGCAUAUAUUCCCCGUGCUCGCAAACCUAUGACUACAGCAGUCGUGACCGUGACACAAACUUCAUCGGAUCUCGGCUCAUCCCCGAUGACCACAACCUUUGUCACGCCAGCCUCGACGCCAUCCCCAUCACUCACUUAUCCUAGUGAGAUCAUUCAGCUCAAAUGCUUCUAUGGCUGGCAGAUGACGGUCGACGAACACACAAAGCGCGUCCUUCGUGGGGAUCUCGCCGCAGCGACUCGUCUUGACCGCAAAUGGGCUGACUACAUGAUGGCCACGGAAGAAGCUGGUGCCGCCGGUGCUGGUGCGCGGCGGCGACGACGCCGUGCCCGGGAGGCAGAAAGGCUCUAUAAUGCCGAUGAAGAUGAUGAAAAUGAUUACAGCGUUUCAGCCCUAGGUGGCCGACGGCGCCGUGCUCAAAGUGGUGGCUGCAUAGUGAUGUGA